GCCCGUUCUGCUCCGCCGCGGGGAGAGUGGCUACCGGGCUCGGGGCGGCAGCGGAGGGGGCGCGGCCGGGGUGUGGCCGCGGGGAAGCCGUGCCCCGUGUGGCCCGCAGUCGUGCCGGCCCGCGGCGACUUCGCACUCGAGGAACUGCCGGGGAAGUAGCUCUGCUCGCCGGUGGGAGGCCCGAGAUGGCCAGAGAGUCGACGUCCAGCGCGGCCUUGGACGCCGACGCGGCAGAGGAGCGGCCGGGGCUCCUGACGGGGGUCCUGACGGUGAAGGUGGAGGAGGACGACGUUCCCGCGCCGGCGGUAGAGGCGGGCGCGCCGGGCAGCCCGGCCCCCGGCCCCGAGCGCUCGCGCCGGCGCUUCCGGGGCUUCCGCUACCCGGAGGCCCAGGGGCCCCGCGAGGCGCUGAGCCGGCUGCGGGAGCUCUGCCGACGCUGGCUGCGGCCCGAGACGCACAGCAAGGAGCAGAUCGUGGAGCUGCUGGUGCUGGAGCAGUUCCUGACCAUCCUGCCCGAGGAGCUGCAGGCCUGGGUGAGGCCGCAGCAGCCGGAGAGCGGGGACGAGGCGGUGGUGCUCCUGGAGUAUUUGCAGAGGCAUCUGGAGGAGCCAGGGCCGCAGGUCCUCCGUGGUGACCAGAGGCAGCUGCUCUGUUGCAAGAUGGCGGUGCUGACCCCAGCUCAGAGGCCCUGGAGUACCGACUUGCAGCUAAAGAAGGCUCUGCUCAAGCGUGAAUCUCUGGGAUCCCAGGCCUCAGCAGACAGAGUCCUCCAGGUUCCCAGGCUUGCCCCGGGAGGGCGCCGCAGAGGACGCGCAGUGGUGGCUGCCAGGCUGCCCCCAGAGCCCCAGGGCUUGCUGAAGACGGAAGACGUGGCCCUGGCUUCCUCCCUUGCGUGGACACAGCUGGAUUCAUCUUGGAGGAGCUUCCACGGAGAGGAAAGGCAGGAGAACUGCGGCGGCCUGACUCCCCUGGGUGGUGCCGUGCAGGCUGAGAUCGCGGACCCGCCCCCAGAUGAGCAACAUCCAGGGCAGGAGCCUGGGGAGAUGCCGUGCCCUGUGGGUGAAGACACUGCCCAGGCUCCCGCCUGCACAGAAGCUGGUGAACAGGAGGGCAGGUUACCAAGAAAGCAGAAAAAUGACACAGGACGUAGGCGGCACUUUUGUCAUGAAUGUGGAAAGAGUUUUGCUCAGAGUUCAGGCCUGACUAAGCACAGGAGAAUCCACACUGGAGAGAAACCCUACGAAUGUGAAGACUGUGGCAAGACCUUCAUCGGGAGCUCUGCCCUGGUCAUCCAUCAGAGAGUCCACACCGGCGAGAAACCGUAUGAGUGUGACGAAUGUGGCAAGGUCUUCAGUCACAGCUCAAACCUUAUCAAACACCAGAGAACCCACACUGGGGAGAAGCCCUACGAGUGCGAGGACUGUGGGAAGACCUUCAGCCAGAGCUGCAGCCUCCUGGAACAUCACAAGAUCCACACGGGGGAGAAGCCGUACCAGUGCAGCACGUGCGGCAAAGCUUUUAGGCGGAAUUCACACCUCCUGAGACACCAGAGGAUCCACGGUGAUAGGAGCGUGCAGGAUCCCGAACGUGCAGAGGCCUGGGAGAGUCGGGGGAGGGUGGGAGGCCAGUGGGAAAAUGAGGCUCCUGUGUCUUAUAAAUGUCAUGAGUGUGAGAGAAGUUUCACUCGCAGCAGAAGCCUUACUGAACACCAAAAAAUCCACACUGGUGAGAAACCCUAUCAGUGCGACACAUGUGGAAAAGGCUUUACCCGUACUUCAUACCUUGUCCAGCAUCGGAGAAGCCACGUCGGAAAAAAAGUACCAUCACAGUGACCAUGUCGUACAUGGCAGAGUUGGUGCUCGUUCCUCAUUGAACCGAAUCCUUCGCCAGCCCUUCCUGAUCACAGACCCGGGGCUGCGCUUGACUGACUACUUCCCGUCAUCUUGUGGCAGAAGAUGCAGAGUCUGGCUGAGAUGGAUUCUCCUCUACAUCCUAGAAGGUGGCUGAGGAACAGCUGGUUUGACAGAAGGCUACGGGAGAGUAGUCUGGAAGGGGUAAGACCGGAAACAUUUAUUCUCACCUACUGGACUGAAAUGGGCUUCCAGACCGGCUAAGCACCUCUGGCCAGCACUUUAUGACGUCUCCUGUGUAGACGGCUCUGAUGAGGGCUGCUGACCAUUUUGCCUAUGAAGAAUCCUCCAUCAUUCGGUCAGAUCCAUGACGUCUUACACUCCCCGCUGUGCCUUGCGUACAGGUGCUUAUAAACAUUAAAUAUACCAGUGAGGUGA